AUGUUCGGCGCUGAAAGGAGCAGGCGACGGAGGUGCGGAUGUACAAGUCUGGGAGCAAGAGACCUGCUGCUCUCUGGGGCUUCCCUGUCUCUCUCUAGCGCUCCAUCCGCCCACAACAGAACCGUCGACCGGUCCCCCCACGCUCUCUUCAAUCCACACAUUCAUGAAGCUAUCAUGUUCAAUCUCUUGAAAUUCCUCCGCUAUCUCGUCUUUCUUGUAUUUGUUGUGUGUAACGCUGUCAUCGCAAGCGCUGCUGUGUGGAAUUUGGGCAUUGUCGAGGGACUCUUGUUGGGUUCUCCAACGCCAGCGAAGCAGAUCGAUGCUUAUUUGAUUUUCGUCGGCGCUUCUGGGUUGUUCCUCAUUUUCCCCAUCCUUUUCUUCCAGCUCUACGGCAAGGAUGUUUUCCUCGGCAGGGUGUGGUUCGAACUCCUAUGGGUUGGCCUGUUCUGGAUGAUGGAACUGGCCGGCGCGGCUGCUGUCACUUCGCAAAGCAGUGUAUGCAAUACCCCAACAGGGAACUUAUUCAUCCAAGUUGUUCAUGAAUCCCCAUGUCCUUCAGCCCAAGUGUUGCAGGCAUUCACUUGGAUUUGUGCCAUUUUGUUGCUAGGUUACUUCACCCUUCUAUCCAUUCUCUCCUUUGUCAAGAGCAAGGAAGACCCUACAAUAUGGCAUUGUAGCGUCCACAGGUUCCCAUGGAUGAAUGGACUCCGCUCUUUAAAGAGCGUCCCUACGUCCCCCACUUCCCCCACUCUACCAAGGUUUAGGAGCAAGACACCAGUAAUUGCCGCACCGCGCCCCCAGCGAGUCAAUAACCUGGCGAACGCGUUUCUGGCCUAUCGGUCUGGGCUCAGCUCAGAGUACGAGAUCGAAUACUUCCAACCCGAUGCCCAGCCCGUAUCGGGGCAGGUAUCGGAAAGGCCAAUGCCUCCCGUUCCAGCAGAACUUGUAUCCCGAUCGUCCCAGAUCCGCCACACCACAGAACAAGCGCAAGAAACACAGCAACCUAUCAUCUCAACGCCUUUCUACCACAGCGUCGUGCAGACUGCCAUCGACAAGAAUCAACCGACGAGCUCUUCGGUUGUAGCACCACCGCAGCCAGCACAACUUGGUCAGAUUCGGCGACUACCAGCCUCUCCGCCACCCCUUGGCAACUGGCCGCGGCUUGAUGCCACCCAACGCCCUUAUACCAAGCGGAAACCUCUUCCUCUUCCUCAACCACCGCAACCGCAACCUCGGCCUGAACCCAAGCUGAGGAAUACCGGCCGAGGCGUCAGUCACGCGCACGAGCAACGUCGCCUACCGCUUCUGGACCAGUAG